AUGGAAUCUCAAUCGCCUACGCCACUUGUUGCCGAGCAGCAUAUGCACGAUAAGAAAAUCCAUAUCCUGCUGGCAGCUGCUACUUCGAAGCUGUACAACAUUGCAGAGGCAUUAUGUCAGAACAAGAACAUUGCAAUACGCAUUCUAAUCAGCGAGCCUGCGGAGAAGCAUUUCCUCGGACAGAGCCCGGAACAACCGGAUUAUGAGUCUCUACUUCAACUAGAUGGCGUGGAUGCGAUCUACCGGGACGAGGAUGAAUGGACCCCGCCAUGGACGCGCGGGGGACCGGUCCUACAUAUUGAACUACGAAAAUGGGCACAUAUUCUGCUGGUCGCACCAAUGUCAGCAAAUACCUUGGCUAAAAUGACCAAAGGGAUUGCUGAUAACCUGCUGCUCUCGGUCAUUAGGGCCUGGGAUACGACUGGAAUGGUGGACAUGGGAUUCAAGACCCAGAAGCCUAUGAUCUUUGCAGCAUUGGCUAUGGACACCUGUAUGUCCCGACAUCCUGUGACGGAGAAGCAGCUGAAAGUCCUACGUGAUGAGUGGGGUUGCAGUGAAUCAAACCCAGAAGGCUGGGUGACGGUGCUGUCUCCCUCGGAGAAGGGGAUGGCCAGUGGAGACAUCCAUGCUGAAGGCAUGAUGGAAUGGAGAGAUAUCGUCGCCGUUGUUCUAGAGUACGUCGCGGGACUGUCGAAGCCAUGA